GUGUGUUUUGCAAUGAUUGCACCGUAAUUACAGUAUACAUUAUGAUUCCAUCCAUAUUUUUAAUGUACUACGGAAAUUAUUGAGUACUUACAUCGUUGGUGCGAGAUAUUUACAAGUUGAUCCGGUGACAAUUUGGCAGUUCAUCCGCUCGUUAUCGCCGCUAAAUCAAGAGGAUGUCUCACGUGUAUUAUCGGGAGAUAUGGCGGCAGGCCCAUCUGGAGCUGGAUGCUUUGCUAAGCGAAGAUUUGGCGGAUCUCUACCAGCGUAUGAAGAAAGAGGAGCCUCGGUUGAUCUUCGAGGUGCUGGCCGGACUAUAUCUGCGCUACAUCCAGAUUUUUCGCAAAUUCGAAACAUGUCUGGAUCAGAUUGUGCAUCCACAAAAGCGCCAGUUUCUCCGCCAAGUUGUUGGAUCAUUAAUUGGUCGUCUGCAGGAGCUGAAAUUCGAAAUGGUCAACCUGGAGCAAUCGGACUUCCAGUUCCUGUACACUUACGCCCAGGAGCUGGGUUACACCAUGAUGGAUUUGGACAUUCCCGUGCCACGUUAUUUAAUUCACGACCGCCAUGAAGUCCUGCAGGAACGGGAAGCUUUACUGCGGAAAUUCCAGGAGAAACGCGAGAGCAUCUUGGUCCGGAAGCGGGGCGCCCGGGCAGCGGAGUUUCCGGCUGCAGAUGCGGCCGGUAUUCUACUGCAGCUGGAGCGAUCGCGACAGGCCUGGCUGACGGUGGCGGAGAAGAUACGCGCCAAGAAAGACGAGGCGCGGAUCAGCGACGAGAAUCGCCGGCUGCCGGAACAUUUCACACAGCAACAGAAGGAUGCAGCACUGCGAAUUCAAAUGUUUUGGAAAGCUACUAAAAUCCGCCAGUUGACGAAGAAAUACCGCCGCAAGGAGCUGGAGAUUUUGAACAUUAUCGGACCGGAUUUGGUGGAUCGCAGUGGUAUCGGCGAUAAAGUAGAGGAAAUUGCUGAGUCACGCCGGCUGCUGCAGCGCAAGAAUGAGGCUCACUAUCAGAAACAGUUGUCCAUUAUAAAAGAGCAGCUUCGCGACACUGAAGGGCCAGGUAUAGUUAGCAAUAUGGAAUUACAAAUUCGUCAGUGGUUUCUGGAAUAUCGUGAUGCUACCGGUUCAUUUCCGGAUUAUCCGACGGAAGAAGAAGGUGGCUCGGCGUCGCUGUUCGUGAAGAAGAAUCCCCAGCAGUUAGCCAUGGAAUUAGAUAAGCUGCGCCGACAACGCGAAGAAGCCGAAGCAGCGGCGCUGGAAGAGGCCAGACUGGCGGCCGAAGGCGGUGGGAAGAAGGGGAAGGGAAAGGGUGGUAAAGAAAAAAAAGACGGAAAGGACGCGAAGAAGGAGAAGAAAAAGCCAGAGGAAAAGAAAGGAAAAGAUAAUAAGAAGGGCAAGGGAAAGGGCAAAGGCGAGGAAGACGAAGGCUGGACGCCGAUGAUUGCCCAGUCGGCUUUCAUUAAAGAUCUCACCGAGUCCAUGGUGGUGUUCCAUGAUUUUUGGGAGCGUCGCUCGGACGACAACAACGCUAACCAGGAAUUCGAUACCGACAUUGUAAAGGCUGACAAGCGGGUGGAACUUAAAAAUGAAAUCCGACUGGAAGUGGAUAAAAAUAUGCGCACUGAAUUGGAUUAUCUUAAGUUAGCCAUUGACGGGCAAAAACCGAAAAAGAAGAAAAAAGGUAUGAAAGAAAGGCAAAAGGGUAAGAAGGAAAAGAAAGAGAAAGACCUCACCCCCAACCGUACCACCGAGUCCAUCGUCGAGGAGCUGGCGAUGCAGGGCAUCAUGGUGCCCACCAUGCCGGCCUCCUUCACCGACUACUACGGGAGCGCCCGUUACAUCGGCCAAGAACUGCGCACCAACCACUACGACUUUGACCAGCCCCUGAUGCCCCAGGCCGCCGAGAUCCGCAACAUUCUGCGCCACUACUGUAUCCUCAACACGGCGGAGAGCGCGGUGCGGGAACGGAUGCCGGUGGUGAAGUCGCUCUUGCUGGUGGGACCGCCGCAUAACGGCAAGCAUCUGCUGUCACGGGCGGUGUGUACGGCGCUGGGUGCUUGCCGGUUUAAUCUGGAUCUGAGUUAUAUUAAGAGUCGGUAUCGCGGCAAACCCGGGAUCGUGAUGCUGGUGCAUCUGAUCUUCAAGAUGGCCAAAUUGUUCCAGCCAUCCGUGUUGUGUAUUGAGUGGGCGGAGUAUUGUGGGGAAAAGGGACCCAAGCAGUUCAAGCUGGAAUAUAAAGCACUGAAAAAAGAAUUGCUGAAGACAAUGAAAAAGCUGCCACUGAAAGAGCGCAUUUUGAUUCUGGGACUGAGCAGCAGCCCUUCGGAUUGCGAAGUGAAAGCCGCGAAUUCCGUGUUCAAUAAAAUAGUCCCUGUUCCGCUCCCGGAUUUUCACGCCCGCGUUGAAAUCCUCAAUCGCACUCUGGCCCAGGAAACGGGCUAUAACUAUUUAUCCCUGGAUCCGCAUCUGCUGCCGACCGUGGCCAAAAUCAGCGAGUAUUUCUCCACCACACAGCUCGUCUCGCUGGCGAAAUCUGUCAUCAGCUGGAUGACACCGGCGGGCGGAUUCGCUUCCGGCGAUCAGGAGCGCCGUUUCAAUCCGCACUCCGUCACAGUUGACCGUUUUAUUCCCUUGUGCGCACAAGCCAGACUGUUUGCGGGAAAGCCGUUGGAGCAGUUUGAGGCGUGGUAUGCGAAAAUGCCCAUAAAUAAGAAACGCCGGCUGUUAUUGGAAGAUGAGCUGGGCGUUAACAACGCACCGAAAGGCAAGAAGAAGAGCAACAAAGCGCAAAAGAAAUAGCUUUUGUUUAUUAAUCUGUUGACCUUUAAGACUGGCUUUAUACCAGUUAGUUCACACCUUUGAUUGUGCCACUGCGACGGUUUAUUUGGUUUUGACACUGUGAAUCCUUCCGGAGAAAUUUUAAAUUUUAUACAGAAAAAAAUGCCAUAGUAAAUCGGCGAAGACGUAAUUAUUGUGCCAAAAUUUGUGAAAUUAAUCAAUCACUGGCAAUGCAUUCUAUCGGAAUUAUAAGUAAUAAAAUCUGCAGAACCGG